AUGGCCGCUACACGAGAACUCUCAACCCCCUCCUUCGUCCUGGGCGCCCUCACGGCGGGCGGCGGCAUCAUGGGCUACGUCAAGACCCGUUCCGUGCCCUCGAUUGUCGCCGGUGUUACCGUUGGUCUGCUGUACGGACUCGGCGGGUACCGCAUCCAGGGCCGCGAGCCCUACGGCGUCGAGCUCAGCCUUCUCGCCUCCGCUGUCCUCGGCGGCUCCGCCAUCCCCCGCGCCAUCCGUCUGCGCAAGCCGGUGCCCAUCCUCCUCAGUGUGCUCUCCCUGUUCGGCCUCUUCACGUUUGGCGACGCCUUCCGCCGCGGCGUCUGA